AUGGAUGUUCUUACUGAUAUUGGUAUGACAGAUUGCAAAUCUGUUGCCUUCCCUUUGCCUAAAGGUUUACAAUUAUCCACUGAUAAUGGUGAUUUGUUGGAUAACCCUGAUGAGUACAAGUGGUUAAUUGGCAGGUUGCUCUAUGUAAAUAUUACUAGGCCUGAUAUUAGUCGUGCUAUUCAGCACUUAAGUCAAUUCAUGACAGUGCCUAGAAAACCUAAUUGGCAAGCAGCCUUGCAUGUUUUGAGAUGUCUAAAAGCUUCACCAUCAAUAGGGCUUUAUUUUCCUAUUGUUAAUGAUUUCAAACUCACUGCGUAUUAUGAUUCAGAUUGGGCAUCUUGUGUAGUUACUAGAAAAUCUCUCAUAGGUUUUUGUAUCUUUUUUGGCUCUUCUUUGAUAUCUUGGAAGAUAAAAAAACAACCUACAGUAUCUAAGUCCUCUGCUGAGGCUGAGUACAAGGCUAUGGCUUCCACUAUUUGUGAGUUAUCGUGGAUUUCUUAUUUGCUUCAUGACCACCAAGUUCUUGUUGCUUUGCUUGUCAAUCUCAAAUGUGAUAACAAGGGAGCAUCUUCAAAUAGCAGCUAA